UACGCCCCGCCCCAGGGCGCUCUUUUAUGACACAGCAGUGACCGGCAGUGACAUGCCAGCUGCAGAUCUGAUGCAGCAGAGGACAGGAUAGACGACACACAAGAGCGUGCACCAUUGCCUUCUCUCCGCUAGCUCGCGAAGGUUGGUCUAUAUAGGGUUCGCGAAGUGCGGAUCUGACGGAAAAGGCGCGGGUGUACAGCAGUAGCAGCUGCGGGCACAACGGGAACUCGACCUUGCUGUGGAGGAACAACGGGAACUCGGCCUACCGCUGCUGUGGAGGAACAACCGGCUACCCCGCUGAUUUGCAACGUGUGCCGAACAUGGCAGGCAUCCCACCACCCCCUCCGCUGCCUCAAGGGACUGUCGUCCCACAGGCUAGAGUCAUCCCCCCUCCCAUGCCAGCGAACAGGUCGUCGGGAACGCUGGGAGGCGGGCUCGGGCAGCAAUCGGCCACUCUCGCUGGGAUGCCGGCGGCCCCUCCUAUGCCGCCUGGGAUGGGGUAUGCAAACAAUGGUUAUCCUUCAGCACCAGCAGGAGGACCGGCCGGGGGAGGAGGGCUCCCGCCGCCGCCACCGCCGCCUCCGCUGCCUCCGGGCACAGUCAUCCCGCAAAACCGGCCGCUCCCCCCCGCCAUGCCGACCGCGGGCGUGAUGCCGCUCGGCGGGUUACCGCUGCCGGGGGCCUUGCCGGCGGCGAGCGCGCUCGCGGCUCCGGCGGUUCCGAGGAAGGUGUUAGAAAGGCCCGCCAACGGGCAAAACGUGGCGUUUCCUAACAAAGUCUCGUACUUCGAGGGUGCCGAAGACCUGCCGGGAGACAAAGAGAAAGGCAUGCUUAGGCUCAAGGACGGACAGAUGGUGGUCGUCUACAAGACCGAUGACCCUCAUUGGUGGCUAGGGAAGGUUGGCGAUGAUGUUGGGUGGGUUCCGUCCCACUUGCUGCAGGAGGUCGACCCCAAAGCGCCCGGCAGGGAGCAACACGUGCCGCCUCGGGACAUUAAGCCCAGGACAUGGGGGUCCAAGAAGAAGGACAACAGCAUGUCGGCGGGAGAUCUGGACAUGGAGAAGACGGACUUCAGCAUGACCAACGCCACCACAUUCGAGCACCAUAACGCCAAGAUCACCGCCUUCUUCAUCCAGGCGAGUCCGGUUUCUGGGGUGAAGAAGAGCGUGAAAGAGCAGGGCGACAUCUGGGUGGUGGCCAAGACGCUCAAGGCCUUCAACCGUCUGCGCGUGGCGUGGGAAGAGGACUACGGGACGAGCUCUAUUCCAGUCGAGCCUCCCCCGGCGCGCUGGGCGGACUGCAGCGAGUCGGAUUGGAGAGACCUCAAGGGCGCCGCUCUUCGGAGCUUUCUGGAGGAGGUGAAGCACUGGCCGAACCUCAAGCACUCCCAAGAUCUGAAGCACUUUCUGACCACAGACAGGGUUAACCUGUCGGGCGGCAUCAUCAGCAAGAAGACCAUGAAACCGUACCUGGACGCGUGGAUCAAGACGAGCUCAGAGCCGACCUGGACCCUGAAGCUUCCCCCGAUCCCGGGCAAGGAGGGCACCGGCGGCGACGGCGGAAAACCGUCGGCCAAGGACAAGAAGAAGGCGGCGAUCCCCGGCCUGCGAGCCGGAGACGAGUCGUUCGGGCAGCUCACCAGCCGGCGGCCCAAGCUCCGACGAAGCCGGGUGUUCGGGAAGGUCUCGGCGCUGGCGGCGGUGACCAGGCAGGAAGCCAUGCUGGAAACCUCCAGGCGCAGCUGGACCCACGCGGGGCUGAAGCUGCAGCUGCUCGACCAGGGCGGCGACGUGUGCUCCUUGAAGCGGAGGAGCGAGCGCAACAUCUACCACAAGUAUUACGCGGAGGAAGGACUUGAUGGAGGCGAAGACCACUCGUUCGGGAAGACGGCCGGUUCGAGGGUGCUCAUGAGAAGAGGAGGCUACAACCAAAUGAAGUCCCACAUGAGGUACAACCUGGAGAGGGUUGUGUACGGGCGGAUGGAGAACUUGGGCAGGGAGAGCGAGACCAAGUACGCCAUGUACGCCAAACAAAAAGAGCAGGAGAAGUUGCAGAAGGACAACGGAGUGACCGGGGGUCUGAAGCGAGGCAUCACCGGCGGCGGAGACGGUGGAAGGACCGGGGGACAGAAGAAGAGCUCCUUGUUCCAGCUGGAGGUCCUCACGGAGAAACUCGAAAAAGUCACGAAAAUAACCGACAUCCAGUCCAGCAAGCAGGAAUCUACUCUUGACCGGUGCCAGUACAUGUCGAGGAUACACGGAAGGUUCACGAUGCCGGUGGCGGCCCAGCUGAUGGCCCUCAACGAGCUCGGUCGCGAGGAGCUGGAGCUGUUCGUGGCCCACGUCGGGGAGGGGAGCCGGCCUAGGCUCGACCGCAUGAAAGAGCUCGACAGCUUCCUGGAGGACAAGCGCGUUCGCUGCCACCAGCUGGUGGACCUUCUGGACCGCAUGCACACGCCGGACGAGCGGCUGCUGCUGGUGCUCACCUGCUGCGCGAGGCUCACGGACGCCAUUGAGGCCGAGGACCAGGGGCUGUUCAAGGACCUGGAGUGCGCCAUCGACCCGCUAAAUCUCAAAAGAGCCAGGCUGGUGGUCGGUGUGCUGGUGGCGGAGGCUCAGGCGGAAGACGCCUCGCGUGCUUCGAGGAAAGCCGCGCGCGAGGUGCGCGCGGACGUCCAGCGCGCUCGCAAGGCUCUUGGCUUCCUUUCCAAGGCCGUCGAGAAGAUCCGGUCGGGUACGAUCGCGACGGACAUGUUCGGGGAGCUGAGGGAGCGGCUCGAGGCGGCCGCGGACGCCGCUCACGAGGAGUACUGCGACGCUGUCAAGGACGCCAAGCCUGCUAACGAGUACGCGGAACAAGCGGUGUCUCUCAUGGAGUCGGCCGAGCAGCUCUUCGAAGAGCUCGAUAUCCUCGGCACGGGGGUAAAGGACAGGGUGAAAGUUGUCCACAACGGUGGUGGCGGCGGGAUGGGCGAGUUGGAGCCGGCAGACACAGAAGAGUCGCUUCUCGUCUCCGCGCUUGAGGUGGUACUGGCUAUCGCCGCCAACGCCCAGGAGCUGGCGGCGAGGGCGGCGGACAACGCCCGGUUCGACAUGCGGACCGCGCUCGAGGAGGUGGCCACCGCCGAGAAGAUCAUCCGGAGGGUGGAGCUGGAGGAGCGCCGCGCCCGCACCGAGUGCGACGAGUUAGAAGAGAAGGAAGAGGAGAUCCUGAUCGCUGGCUGUGUGUUCGGUGAGUGGGCCGACGACGCCAAGUUGUACGGCAUCGAAAACCUCGAGAAGUUCAGGAAGGCCGGAAAGUACCGCCUUCAUCUGGACAAGACGGGCACGAGGGGCACUGAGGACAUGCUCAUGAUGGCGACGCUCUUGUCGAAGGUGCAGCUGCUGAGGGACCUCCGGGAGCUGCAGGCGGAAGCGAAGGCGGAGGAGCUCAAGAGACAGGAGAGUCUCAUGCAGAGCUCCAGCAAGCGGCGACGACGCACAGCUGCAAGACGCGAGGGCGGUGGGAGGCGGCAACCGACUCUCAGGCAGCAGUCGUCCGUCGGCGGAGGCAACGAUUCGGCCAAGAAAGCCUCGCGCUCCGCGCCCAUACGGCAACAGUCGGACAUGUUCUCCAUGGAUGAGCAGAACGAGGGAGGGGGGGACUCGAAGCUCAAGCGCAAGAAGCGCAAUAAAGGCAGCAAAGCUAUGGGAGAGAUCGAAGACCAGGUGGACGAAGAAGAGGACGAGGACGAGGACGAGGUCUCCAGCGCCGAGGAGGGUUCGGAGGUAGGAGGCAGCGACGACGACGACGACGACGACGACGACGAUGAAGACGGGUCGACGUCGUCCUCCGAGGAGGACAGCGUCUUUGGCAGCGACCUGGACGCCGGCGACGACGACCUGGGGCCUCUGCGAAAGUCGGCGGGGCUUCGAGGGACAGCGGCCAGGCGGUCGCGCAACUCCGGCGGCCGUCGCGGCUCGUUCGGGAAAGCCGGCGGUCCUAGCGGCGCCGGCAUCGCCGGCGGUAGCCAGCGGGUGUCGGUAGACGGCACCACCCGCCGCCACGACAGGAUGCGCAAGUCGCUCAUCGGGCAGACGCUGGGCAAGCGGCGCUCCAUUGGGACCAAGUCGCUCGCGAAGAACCUCGCGCCGCCAACGCCAAGGCCGGAGGCGCACCCCAGGAGGUCGCAGUUCGAUUUCGCUGAGGAGAGGGAAGAGGGAGGACCCGGUAGAGGGGGCGGCGAUGAGGAAGAGGACUUCGACUACGACUACGUCGGCAGCUCGCGGUGAUGGCCGCAGGCCCUUGCCUCUGCAGCAGUCGUACCGUCCCCUCGACCUCAACCAUGGUUUGCGUGUGUUGUAGGUAGGUGAGGGCGGGUUGUUCACUCGCCUUCGGUUGGGGGUUGGUCGGUGUUGUUGAACUGUCGCAGUCAUGGAACGACCCUCUGUCGCCGCCGUACUCUUGGUUAGAACACGCAUGGUCGGCCGGCCCCCGUGGAGCGGAGCACGAGCGUAGUACAUGUAGUUGUAGAAAGGCGGAGUUGUGGUACACAACGGCAUGCAUGUAUGUUUUGAACACUGCCCAACACCAGCUAUGAGCAUUGUGUCGCCCAACGCAUGGAAGUAAGAGAUCGGCCGUUGUUGUACGCAGCGCGGGCUCGAAAACCGCGAGUGCGAGGGAGGCGUACCCACCAGCGGCGUAGGUUGCGCCGCCGACGGGGGAAGGAACGUCUUGUUAUUUGGUUUUGGUGGGUCCCAUCUGCUCUGGCCAGCAGCGCAUACCUUUCGGUUCAUGUUUGAGGCGCCAGCCCGUGAUUAUGCACACUGAUUUUUUUCGCGCAGCAGAGUCAUGACUACGGCUGUCACUUUGUCGGGCCAACUCUCGGGGCAGGAAAGUUAGAUAUGAAAGAGAAGAAAGAAGCUAGUGGUUGAUCUUGAGCCUCAUCGUGGAAAUGUUAUUGCUCGCUUGCGGAGAGUCGCCCCAAGAGGUGGGCAGGCCUGCUCUCACGGAACUCCUGUUGAGCACCUCAGGACAGCGGCGGCAUUCGUUCGUUGCUGGUUUUGAUGUUGGUGCAAGUUCGCCUCGGGAGUGCUGACGCGACUGUAAAAGUUUGGGCCACCAAGUUUGAUCGAGGAAUUCCCAUGCGGCAUCACAUGGUCGAUCUCCGAAGAGGUUUUCAAGUUUGACUUCCGGUGACCGCGACAAUGUGUCUUAUUCUAUGUACGGGGCUUAUCACGAAAUCUGGAUGACGAUCAUCCUUGUGCUGGUUCUGCGAAGACACCAAUCUUCUGCAACAAACUGUGGUUCUGUUGGGUUGCCUCCAGCAACAAGACAUGGCACACCAUCUAUGU